GUCUCGUGCGGUACGCAAUGAUGGGCGGCGGACGUACCGGUCCGGACGCCGCGAGAUUCGACGUCUAUUCCAUCGGCUUCAGGCCAUCCGAAAAGAUCAUCGUGCCGGCGGAAGUCCCGCGGUCGGCCGAACUGACGGUCACCAAAGAUCCAGCUUACAAAAGGUAUGCGCGGAAGCUGUGCGGCGGCGGUGGUGAUGGCGACGAAAGCGGUGGCGGCGGCGGCGGCCGAAGUGGACGUCGACCAACCGUCGCCCACGUAUCUCCGCCCGCCGCCGCUGAUGGCCGCGCUUCAAAGUGCUGGGCGGCCGUAUGGAAACGGCGGCCGCGGCCGUGCGGCAAGUGUUGUGGCCGAAAAAGGUCGGCCGCCGUGACGGCGUCCUCCGCAGAGGUCGCGUCCGAAGGCCAACGACGUCGGCUGCAGUGGUGGCGGCGGUGCAGCGACAAGUUGCACUGUUGCCGCGGCAAGCGAAUUGCCGCAAACAAGAAGAAGCUCGCGGCGGCGGCGUCGUCGUCGGUGUCCGACCACUCGGUCGGUGCACUCGGCAUCGCUCCGCCGACCGUGACGGCCGCCGACACGUUUUGCGGCAAGUUGAAGUGGCGGUUGCGCCGGUGCUGCUGUUGCUGCAGUUGGUGUUGCGGCUGGUGCACCGUACCCAAUUUCAUCAAGCGGAUCUGCUGUUGUUGCACCGGCUGCCGGGGCAAGCCGACGGCUCCCAAAAGGAAGUCGGCCGACUCUCAGAAGCGGUCCCCGUUCAAGUGCACCGGUUGCUGCACGAAUAUACCUAAAUUGGAUGCAGUUUUCGUCGAUCAUUCGUCCGUUAUGAAAGGUGCUAUACCAGUAUUACCAGUAACACUGGCAUGGUUGUGUUUAGUGUUCAACGUGAUUAUUCCAGGAGCAGGCACAUUUUCCAGUGGUAUUCUAUGCCUGUGCGUCGGCAAGCCAAGAUUUACGGUCAACGAUACGUUCCAGUCCAGAGUAGGCGCAUUCUGCGUGAACUUUGUUGUGGCCGCUGCUCAGCUGUUCACAGUGCUUUUCUGUUUAGUCGGCUGGGGAUGGAGCAUAUGGUGGGGUGUGAUAAUGCUCAAGAUGGCCAAGAAAUAUCAGAAAGUCAAAAUAAUCGAUCAACCCGCCGAAGCGCCCGUUGCCGUCGACCACAACCACCAGAUCUGAUAUGGACGUUUU